AUGGUAAAUCGUUGCGCUAUUGAAGCUGUAGAUAGAAUGCUUAGAGAUAUUACUGAUUGUAACUUACCUUUCGGUGGGAAAGUGAUAGUUUUUGGAGGAGAUUUUCAACAGGUUCUUCCAGUGGUACCGAGAGGAAAAAAAGAUGAUGUAAUGAAAGCUAGCUUGGUCUUUUCAGACCUAUGGCCUUCCUAUUUACGUUUACCAUUGGUUGAGAAUAUGAGGGCAAAAUCAGAUCCUAUGUUCUGCACUUACUUACUCAGAAUUGGAAAUGGAACAGAAGAAGAAUAUACUUGUAAGUGCAUUAUGCUUCCGAAUAGUAUAAUUCUACCAUUUGAAGAUGAAAUCACAUCUUUAAAACUUUUGAUACAUUAUGUUUUUCCAAAUAUACUAGCAUAUGUUGACAAUUUACAUAAUAUGAUAAAUAGAGUUAUUCUUACACCUACGAAUGAAUGUGUUGAUUAUAUUAACAAGAUUUUACUCGAACAAAUUCCCGGUGAUUUUUCCACAUACUAUAGUUUUGAUGAAGCAAUUGACAAAUCGGAACAAAGCUUGCACGAAGAUUUCUUGAAUACUUUGACACCAAAUGGUAUUCCACCGCAUGAAUUGAAACUUAAGGUAAAUUGUCCUGUAAUGUUAUUACGGAAUAUUAAUCCUUCCGAAGGAUUAUGCAAUGGAACACGCCUUACUUGUCGAAAAUUUGAGAAAAACGUAAUUCUUGCUGAAAUUACAACUGGAUUAAAUGCUCAACAUGGUGUUACUUUGAGCACACCUACGUCUUUUAGCAAUCCCGUUGCUGGAGGUAAUAAUAGUAUGGACAUGGGGUAG